AUGGAAUUGGACAUGAGGGGGCCGGAGCAGCUGCUGCCGUCGCUGCCGGCGUCGUCGACGCGUCAGUUGGUGCGCAGGCGCAGUGGCCGCGCUGCGGAGAGUCCGAGGGGCCAGCGGUGCAGGAGCACCAAUACCACCAAUACCACCAAUACCGGCAAGGCCAACGCCAACACCCCAACCGCAUCCACCGGCAAGUGGCGCCGGCUUUCGCCUGCCAGUUCCGGCAACAUAGCCGUAGUGCGACCAGGUAGCAAUGACACCCGGGGGCAGCAGGAUCGCAGGCAUCCACGGGCGUCGCCAGUGAAGCCUCCGCGGCAAGCUCUGUCCGCCAGGUUGGUGCCCCACUCCAAUCCUUACCUGGAUGAUCAGUCCCCCAAGGAGCGACGACCCAUCGUCAGCCAGCGAAGUCAGCGAUCAGCGGUGAGGAACCGUAACCAGCAGCACCCAACGUUAUCCGCCACUCGAACGGCCUUCGGUGGGCACUACACCGUGCCACCAGCGCCACCCACUCUGCGCAGAGCUGCUCCUCAGCCGCCUGGCAGCCAGAUGCGCCCAUGUCUGCGUUCAGUACGCGCCAAGGUCGACUCGCAUCUGUGUCCCCACCUCGCCACCAAUCCGCGUUCGGCGCCCAAGCAGCAGCAACGGGAUCAGCCCAGCUGCCAACGACCUUGCCAGUCCACAAAGGGCAAAUCCUUGGCGGAGGCGCACCAGCAGUUGGAGCUGAUGCUUUCGAGGAUCGAGCGAAUCACCGACUAUCAGCCACCGCCACCGCCGCCGCCUGUCGCGCAGUUCAGGAGAAAAGGCGCUGGUGUCAAGGUCGCCAAGGGGGUGAGUCGCCAGAUGGCGCAACCACCUCCAGUGCCAGCUGGAACGCCAAUGCUCAGCGCUCGUAGAAACAACAACAAUGGCGGAGGCGGCGCUGAAUUGGCGGAGGAUCGGGAUCGGAAUGGUGAUGGAGAAGGGGAUCGCCACGACAUUGCCAUACCGCUCGUCCAGAAUCCGCAACAACUGCCGCCGGCGAAGCGGGAUGCACUGCUGCAGCUGCUGCAGCGGAGCGAGCAGCACGACAAGGGCAUCGUGGAUAUGGUGGGCGCCACUGGAGACGCCUCCCGGGACACCAUGCUCAUGCUGCUCCAGAUGAUACCCCUUAGCCUGACUGAUUCCCCGUAUAAGGAGAAAUUAUUGAAAGGAAAUCGACAACUGAAGGAGCGCCAGAAUCAGCAACGGAAUCUACGCCCCGGCGAUCAGUGUUUCAAGGAGAUGAAGGUCCUGCGUGGUGCUGAUGGCCAGGUCUUCUACGCUCGCACUUUGGAGAAGGAACUGAAGGGCGAAAACAAGGUGCACACCUAUAUGAAAACUGAGCCUAAAGUGCACGCCACCGGACGGUACAAUAGUGUGAGUAAUGCCCCAGAGUAUCGAAGCGUUCAGCAGCCGCUGACCGAACGCCAGGAGCAGGCGAUGCGGGAGCGGGAGCAGCUGGAGCGGGACAAGCAGCUGGUGAUCAGCUGCCGCGAGAAGCGUCUUCUGAAGGAGCAGAUUAGGAAGCUGAAUGAUAGCAAUCAGUCUAAGAAUCCAACUACUCCCAGACCCACUGAUCCGUGGCAGCAGGUCCUCCAAGAGCGGGACCGCUUUCAAGCCAAUUGCAAUCGCAGCUGUUUCUACAACAAUUCACACAGCUCAGCGCCCUGGAAAAUCUAUGCCAAAGUGGCUAGCAAGCUAAGUUCGCAGCUAAUCGAAAGCGUGGAUGUCGAAUUUCAUCGCAGUGUAGCCAAUUAUAUCAACGACAUUGUAGGCCACAAAGUGAACUGAUAAUUGCAACAACCUGCGAUGCUCAUCGUAACUGCCAACCCUUUUAUCUGAUUUUACAGAACUUAAUGUAGAGCUUUAUGCUAAUCUUAUGGUAUCGUGAAUAGUAACUUUAUUCCGCCACAAGGUGACAAAUUGUAAGUGUAGUAAAAUUAACAGAACUUUAAAAAUCCAUGGACCAAAAAUGAUGUAAAUAAAAAUUAUUGUGUGUAUGGAA